CUGCUACUUCUUCUUCUACUACUUCUCCUCGGCCCCCUUUGGAAAUGACUACCGGGGUGAAUGUGAAAUCCAGCUCGGCUCUGCAAGCGAGGGGCGAGGAGCGGAGGAGAAGGAGCCCCAUGGAUCACUUCCCACCCCCGGCCAACUCCAACAAGCCCCUCACGCCGUUCAGCAUCGAGGACAUUCUCAGCAAGCCCGCCGCCAGGAAAAACUCGCACCUCUGCUCUUCCAGCCGCUCCUCUCCGGCCGAGAAAGUGUCCGGAUCCGGGACGACACGUAACGGCUUGCCCGCUCAAACCUCGCCGCUCUGUGCUCUGGAGGAGCUGGCUAGCAAAACAUUUAAAGGUCUUGAACUGAGCGUGAUACAAGCGGCCGAAGGCCGCGACCACGUAACCACCUUCGGCCAGAGACAGACCUCGAAAAAGAGACGCAAGUCGCGCACCGCCUUCACCAACCACCAGAUCUACGAGCUGGAGAAACGGUUCCUUUACCAGAAGUACCUCUCGCCCGCCGACCGGGACCAGAUCGCACAGCAACUGGGUCUGACCAACGCCCAGGUCAUUACUUGGUUCCAGAACCGCAGGGCCAAACUCAAGCGCGAUUUGGAGGAGAUGAAGGCGGACGUGGAGUCGCUGAAGAAAAUGCCGCCGCAGCAGCUGGAGAAACUGGUACACAUGGACGAGUUCCCUGACGAAGGCGCCGGCUCCAAGAACGACUCCUCGGACAUAUCUCCCAAACUGUCUCCAGCGUCCGGACUCGAGCCUUUCCCCUCCUCGCCCCACUCAUCCAGAGACCAGACUACAGACGAAUUUUCUGAAGACGAGGAAAUAGACGUAGACGAUUGAAUGAUAUUGAUAUAUAUAUAUAC